UAGGCAUCAAACAGCUUCUCUUGUCCCCUUUUCUCUCUCUCUACUCUUUCGUUUCCUUUUCAUUUUCCGGCGAAAUGGAGGCCAAGUUGGGCGGCGCCGCCGGCGUUAUGGCGGCUACCUUCGACGAUUUCAAAUGGAUCUCCUUUAUGUUCGAUCACGACAUAAACGACGACGUCAAACCCUGCAAGCUCGACCCCUUCACCGGCGCUUCUGGUCACCUCAACGACGCUUUCGAAAAUCUGGAUGCAGUAACUGCCUUUUCAAGUUGUGGUGGAAUAACAGAUGGUACGGUCUUCUACUCGGAAAACCUCACUCCCGUCCAAUCCGCCAUCUCUGCAACAAUUGAUUCUCAGUCUUCCAUUUGUGUUGGGAGCCCAGUUUCUGGUAACAAACCAAAUGGAAGAGAUAACGAAGUGAAAGGAGCGACCACAACAAGUGGUUCCUCACGUGAGCCAUCUGAUGAAGAUGAUGAAGCAGGUCUCUGUGAACAAAGCACAAACACUGUUGACACCAAGCGUCUUAGAAGGAAGGAUUCUAAUAGAGAGUCUGCAAGGAGGUCCAGAAGAAGAAAACAAGCCCAUUUGGCUGACCUGGAGUGGCAAGUUGAACGGCUGAGGCAGGAAAACUCACACCUAUUCAAGCAGCUUAGGGAUGCAAGCCAACAAUUCCGUGAUGCGGAUACCGAUAAUCGAGUUCUAAACUCAGAUGUCGAAGCUUUAAGAGCUAAGGUAAAGUUAGCUGAGGACAUGGUGAGAAGAGGUACAGUUCCACCAUUCAACAACCAGAUUCUUCCAAACCUGAGUGAAUUGAGCAAUAUGAAUAAUGUGCGUGGCAUGGCACAUGUCUCACCAACAAUCACUGUGCAUGGGAAUGAUGGUGCUUCAUAUGGUGCUGGAAUCACACUCAGUGGACAUAACUCACCUCUUGAGCUUGGAAACUUGGACAUACCUUGCACUGAUUUCAAUACUGAUAAUGCUGUCAGCUCUAUCACUACUAUGUGGCCUUAAUCAACAACACUUUCUAUCCACCACACAUUCUAGUGCUGUCAGUUAGAUUCACCUUAAUUAUUAGCUUAAUUUCUAGGUUAAACUGUAGAAUUACAUUCUACAAAAGACUUUUACAUGUAAGAAACCAUCUAGACUACUAGCAUGUGUGUUAAAUUAUUGGAAUAUUUUUAACAA